CCGCCAAUAAACACAGAGAAGGAGAAGGACGACUUGUGGCUCUCUUCCGCUAAGCUGCCGGUGCUAACAACAAGUCAGGCUAGCAGCUGAAUCGGGCGGUGUGAAAUCUGUUGCUAACAUUUUUGUUAAGCUGACGUUUAGAAGAAAGGCAUAUCUGAUUGUAAGACUCUUAAAAGAAGAUAUUUGGUGAAAUGGGAGACCCUGCUCUUCACAGAGACUGUCCACUCGACUGUAAGGUUUAUGUUGGAAACCUAGGAAACAAUGGAAAUAAGACAGAAUUAGAAAGGGCUUUUGGGUACUAUGGUCCUUUAAGAAGUGUUUGGGUUGCUAGGAAUCCACCAGGUUUUGCUUUCGUAGAGUUUGAAGAUCCCAGAGAUGCAUCUGAUGCUGUGAGAGAACUGGAUGGAAGAACCAUGUGUGGCUGUCGAGUGCGUGUUGAGUUAUCCACCGGGGAAAAACGCUCUAGGAGCCGUGGCCCUCCUCCAUCCUGGAGUAGACGCCCUCGAGAUGAUUUUAGGCGACGUAGUCCUCCAGUCAGACGCCGAGUCACCACCACGCUUCUCACCAUCUGAGUCAGUCAACUAGUCCUCUUUCAGCAUCAUGUGACUGCUGACCAGCGAGCCCCAAUCAGCUUGGCUGGUGUUGUCACAUGACCCAGGCGCACCGCCAGUCGUCAGGUUCCACCAACCUUUUGGUUCCUGAGCAUGCAGUUCCCAGCAUCCUCCUCUUCUUCCUCCAACCUUAACCCAAUCGACAGCGGCCCACCUCACAUUAUCAACCAUUCAGCGUCUUUAGUCUUUAUAUUCUCCACACAACUACUGUAUCAACGGGAAGAGC